AAAUCUAUGAUAAAUAAUAUAAAACUCAAUUCACAUAGUAUUUAUUAUUAAUUUCGCAUACGUAAUUUCCGUAAAGCAUGACUGGAUGAAAUAAUUUUUAAAGUUUGGAUACCCCCUGUGGAAUUUUCAUGACACAAGCAGCAGCUAAAAUCCUGCAAGCGUAAACCCGUACAGUCCUCGUAAUAAUCGCCCAAAAAACCGCAAGGUUUUACCGCGUCGUAAGCGCGGUACGUAAUACGUUACAGCAAACGCUUCCUCCUUUUUUGUGAGAUCCUCUAGCCGGGUCAUAAAGAUGGCAGUUAAAAUUGCACGUUGCAAAUAUUGUCCGGCAGUUUCACAUUGUGACCUAAGCGUCGGGUUUUAACUCGCUGCAUUACAUUACACACACACACAUACACUACCCAUUACGCUACCUUGCAGUUCUCACACAGUUCGCAUACAAUAUGCUGCAAGUUUUAGCUCUUCGAGCGCCCGAAGACCUCCGAACGCUUUGAAUCUUUAAAUUCCUCGUUGAGAAUAUUAAUUUCCCGUUACAUAAUAUCUGCAGUGCAAUAUUUUGUCACGCUAGUCCGCAGCACGACGUUAAAUACAGUUACAUCUUUUCGCGUAUUAUUCGCAGUAUCGAGUGCAUUACGUUAAUGGAACAAUGUUUUUCUUUGGACGUCUUGAUGAACCGCGACUGGGUGGAGGCUGUACACUUCCGGUGCGCGAGAUUGGCGCUGGUGUCAGAAGUAUCUUGUUAAUUAUACGGGACUUGUUGGGUAAUUAGAAGAACGCGGACAAUAGCGAUCGAUCGUCAGCAUGCGCCAGAUCUCAUCGCGAUACGAACAAAGGCGAGCUCCAAGAUAAGCAACGUUCCAAACGUUUAAAGUUAGACCGGUCCAAGUAUAACAAAUAUAUUAUUCUAAAAUUGCACAUUGCAUUAUAUCUUUAAAGUAUUUAAAAGAUAUUUUAUAUAUAUUAUUAUUAACUAAUUCUUUUUUUUUGUAUUUGAGAGUCGAGAAAGCAGGAUCCGAAAAUGUAAGAGCUCCAAGUUCCAGCAAUUCGAAAGUUUCUAUCAUGUUAAGUUUCAGUUCGCAUUUCCCGCGGAGAAUUCCAAGUGCACGAAGUUCCGGAUAUUUCCGAGAUGAAUACGUAUGCCGUUGUCGAACGAAGAAACAGAGAUCGCUUUUAAGCGCCACAAAGGCUUGAUAAUUCUGUCAUCACAUCCUUUUUUUUCACGAGUCGAACAGCAGCGCGUAGACGGCUUUUUCGUUUCGUGCCACGUGUUGCGCGCAUAUUGUGCACGCAGCACGCACGGACGCUCGCUUAUGCUCACGUGAGAAUUUUCGCGAGUUUCGCGCGUUGCAUGAUGGAAAUGCCGUGUGAAUAACGUCCGCCAUCGCGAAUUCAUAAGCCUCUCGGGCGACUGUCAACUAUAUCCUAAAUCCUCGCUCGUCCUGGAGCAUGGUUCCGCUUCUAACGCGCCCGAAAUUCAUAUCGUUGGUAUUUCACGCAAAACACGCGCCGGUUUUCACUUUUACCUUUCGCGAGGAUGAUGCAUCGCGCACAAACAUAAAAUAAACUCGCGUGCACAUUCGUCGUGGAUCCGCUAAUCUCUGACACUUCGCCGCGUGCUAAAAGCUUUCAAUCCUGAUGUGUUCGCUGCUCGCGAUGCAUUCAAGAAAUGCUAGAGGCUCUCUCCGUUACUCCAAAUUUUUUAAAGCUCCAUUUCCGGAAUUUCUGUCCUUUUUCUCUCUCCUUUGUGUUUGAAACUUCAGUAUCAAUAGUUCGAAACUUCUAUCUUCUUCUCCGGGACUCCCAGGUUUUUUCGUGGACCGAAAAUUUUUGAGAUACUUGAGCCGGUUUACGUCGAGCAGAUUUCUCUCCGUGGGUUUAACACGUCGAUUUCGCGAGACCCUAAAGCACCGAAUAUCCUCGACUCCCCUGAGUCCUGUGAACAAGAUCUAAGCAGUCACCUGCGGCGAUGCCAAGAAAACGAGCGCUUUUUACAAACGAGAAAAUUUUACCUUCUCUAUUUUCCCUAUUUCAUCCUUUUUCCUCUUUUCCCUUUUUCCCUUUUCAAAGAAAAAGGUGGGAAGCGUUGGGACAAGGUCCUUUCUUCUCGUGCUUCGAUGGUCCACUUUUUGUAGACGCUUAUCCUGAUCCAGGUUUGAGAUCGCAACACUUUUUUGCGCGUGACUGAAAGAAGAUGGUGGCAAGAAUGGAAACUGCAGGUUUAUGGAACGGCGAUCCGAGUUCCGCUGUAUACAAAUGCACGGACUCAUCCUUAUCCUCUAACCGUAUGCUUCUCGCCUUCUCCUGUUAUCGUGUACACGUACAUAAGCUUGCAAAAAAUCGUACUCUUAAAAAUUUAUUUUCAUAUUUUUCUCCCCUUGCGUUGUCCGUAUAUUUUUCGCUAAAAAAUAAAGCUUAUAAAUAAUAAAAUGAGCUAUUGAAGAGAAAAUCUUUUCCGCGUAGCUUCGUCAGAUAGAAUUUUUGAUCAACUUAUAGCCGAUGUUUCCUUGGCGAAAGGUCGAUUGGCCGUCUAUGAACUUUCUCAUCAAUUUUAUUAUAUUUAUUAUUAUAAAAUAAUUUCGCGUAGUGAGAUGUAAAUUUUUACGGUCGGCGCUUGAGACGCUUGUGAUAAAUAUGAUGUACAUGUCGUACGACAAUUUGCAUAUUUGGAGCUUUGGCCUCUCGCAGAAGCGGACUUUUCGAACGAGACAUAGAUAUAACUGGGUGACGUUCUAUUGACAAUAUGAAUUAAUCGCGCGCGCCCGUUAAUGCAUCGCUGGGUACGUAUAUCCGGCUGGCAGACACGAUCCGCGCGGAUUCGUAUAAUCAACGCGCUCACAAACGGAGCAUCGGCGCACCUGCGCGCGAUCUAUUCGUGAUCUAUCGUGCGCCUUAUGUAAAUCACCAUAAUAGACACCAUUAAUUCCUCGUGUGACGUACUGUUUUGCGCCGCAUGUGUCUCGCGGCCGCGCGGAAUCCACGCGGGAUCCGGUUACGGGCGCACUCUUGAACGGCGUGGUAUUGUACCUCAUGAAUUAUUGAUACCAAUAUCUCGAUAUCGAGUCCUCGGGAGAUACACCAAAACACCGAGCCACGCUGCAUAUCGAUAUUUCAACCCCCGUGUAGGAAUUAAAAAACGAUUCGGCCUCUGCGAGAAAUUGGCGUAUUCCAUCUUCAGAGCUUCUAUUUAUAAUUGACGGAGCUCCGGUUCCUCUUCCCGAAGCGACCUGCGAUUUCUGGUAUAAUUCGAGAACGAGCUUGAAAUAACGAUGAAACCGAGAAGAAUAUAAACAAAUUUGCUUGAUUCAUUUCAAGUCGAUUACGCGACGCGAGCAAUCAAGAUGCUGACGACAUUAGGAAUUUUGAUGCUCGAAUAUCACAUGCGUUACAUCGAUUUCAACCGUCAUGUGGAAAUUAAAAAAUGAUACAGCGGGCCACGGCAGCAAUAUAAAUCGCCCUGACAUUUAUGCGGAAUGCGUAACAAGCUUCUACUGAAAAAUUCAUGAGCGACCGCCGUGAUCGAGUCGCUCGUCGAUCUGCGGGAUGCGCGUAUUCGCUCGUUGAAUUCGACGGGGUUUAUCGUAGUCUGUGCCGAUUACGAAAGCAUAUUACUUUAAUCUCGAGCGAUCGCGCGGAUUGUCAUGUAUUACUGUUCUCGCCGCCUCUACGUUAACGCAAAAAUUUUAAAUAAAUAUAUCUGACAAGGAGUGCAAACAAAUGCUGUAUUCUUAUCUCGAUUAACAUUGUGUGCAAACUUUAUUUAGAAGAGAGAAAGAGAGAGCAUUUGGAAUUUUUUUAUUUUUCAAAGAUAUUAACGCGCAAGAUGGAAUUCAUUGCGAGCAAAAGAAAGAAAAGAGUCAAUGAAAUCUUUUUUUACGCGGGAGGAUCAAUUGAAUUAAAGAAGGGUGGAAGAAGGAGCGUGAAUCUAGGACAACCCCUUUGCACCCGGUUGUUACACAUAAGGAAUACGCAAGCCGAAUGCGUUAGACGGAGCGGUAUGUUUUCCCUUGUCCAAUUUACGAGCGUAAUCUUCUCCUUCGUGUUGCAGGGAUGCGCGUCACGCAGCUUUGAAAUAUUUGCUCGCUACAUUUCUCGCGCGGGGCACCGCUCGUAAAUCAUAAUCGGCGCGUAACGCUUGGAGUUACAUCACGAGUUACGAUAUGAACGGUCUUCGCUGCGAAUGGGAUUCCGCCAAAUAGAAAGGAAUAUGUAUCAAGAUGUACGUUCGUCUUCGGAGGCAAGUCUCCGCCCUAUCUCGGGGUGGGUUUUUCGAGGGGACAGUUGGGAGACCAGUUGGCCCAGUUCGGCGCUCGAAACGAGCUGCAGUUUCUACGCUAGAGAAGCUCUCUUUCUCUCGCGUAUCCGUGCAUAUCUCGUUGCGGGCAUUAUUACGACCGGCGUAAAUCCCGUCAAGGAUCUCCGCCGCUAAUUUCUGGCGAGAGCGACGCGGGUUAUAAAGCCCGUGUAUAUCAGUUACGGAACGCGCAGCCUGGGGGUAAAGGAGAGUUAUUAGGCAAGGGUUAUUGACAGUUUCAGUGCCUGGACACUAUCGACGCUUUUAUCGGAAUUUUAUGGACUUCCACGGCAACUGGUGCUCUCGUGUACAUCAGAUGCAGCCCUGCGCCCUAUGCACCCCUUCGCGGCAAACCGAUGCUCCGACAGCGACGAACGCGCGCGCGAUUAAAGGAUUAAGCCGAACAUACGCGAGCUCGCGAGCUCGCAAGAUUCCAUUACGCCAUGUUAUUUGUUAUCCUCUUGGUUAAUGCUUCCUAUCCAAUAUUGUUGCAUUGCCUGAAAAUACAAAUAUUUGUUGCCCUUGCACCGGAAAGUGUUAUUAAUCAAUUCUGCAUUAUUCAUCCCCUUUUAAUCCUCGUUUUUCUAUUUACUGAGUCAUUUAAAACAACAAACGAUGUUGAACGAGAGCGCAAUCUUAACUCAAAUCAUGUUCGCGAUUGGAAAUACUGAGAUUGAAGGGUUAAUCAACCGCUGAAUCGCAUCUACCUCGCAUUCGAGCCGUUUUCAUUCGCGUCACGCGUUCGUGAAUCGCAGGAGUCACGGCUCGCGUAUAAACGAGCUGUCGUGAUACGCGCACUUGUUUAUAUCGCUACAGCGACAAGUAGUUUUAUAGUGCAGCAGUGCGGUGCAGUGAGUUAUCGUCAAACUGAGCUCUUUUUCACUGUCAAUCGUUUCAGUACGACGCGACGUUUCGUUUCGGUGAUUAACGUCAAUCAUGUUAGCUAUCCAAGAAUCAAGGAUCUGGAAAUCAAAGAUGAUAACUUUCUCAAACAUGGAGAUCUUCCAAGGAAAAAGAAUUUAAGAAUUUAAAACAAGUACUCAAAAGAGAAAUUGAAAACUCAGUUAUCGAAAAUAUAAAAGUUCAGAAUUUAAUCCAUGUACAAACAUCCAAUAUAAAAGUUGCGAUCCCGAAUAAGAAUCUGGCAAUUUUCGAGGAAACUAUAAAAUUGCAAAUUUGAAAUGUAUGCAUUAAAAAAGUAUAUUUAAUAAUUUGCGGAUUUUUGAAACGAUCGAUGGAAAAGUUUCUUGAGGAUCAUGCACGAACAUGGAAGUAGCAUUGAUCCUUCCGUUAUAAUCUAAUUUCGACAUCCCUGCCGGGUUCUUAUCGCGUCGUCGAAGACGACCCUAAAUGCCCGAACUUUCCAUCGGCGUGAUUUAGGUCGCGGAACCAACGGCUUGGAUUUACUUCCGCCCAUUCCACUUCUUCCGUUUCGCUUUCCCGCCUAUCGCGCGCAAUAAAAAAAGUGUGUCGACCACAGCCGCCAUUUGUUUCCGAGUAUCACAUCCCGCGCGUUUCGAAGACGAGAAUUCAUCGAGAUUUCUCAAGGCAGCCGUUUUCAAGUCCAAUAUUUUUGCCACAGAUGUAUUUAUCGCUAAAACUUGAGAAGUUACCACUUUAUUAAACAUUAAAAAGUUGGAAAAUUUCGACGCAGGACAUAUUUGAUGUUGGAAAUUAAAAAGUUAAUGCAUAAGGCCAAGAGAAUUUAGGAGGAGCGUGAAAAGUGCCGUAAUCUCACUUCAAAUUUUACUUUGAAAGGCAAAAUUAUGUUUGCCUUCGAUAAUUCAAAAGAUACAUGAGAGGGACAAUCUGUCAUGAUAUUAAUGAAAAAUCGUGAGAGUGAGCAAGAUCAAUUUUUAUCCGUUAAUUAACGUGGAGAGGCAAUAGCGACAACAAAACAAAAGCCUUAGUUAGCACCUGUCUGUUUGUCAAUUUUCAAAAAUGCGGCCGAAAUGUUAGUUCCAUAGCUGGUUUUGUCAGGGGUAGCUUUCGGCGAAACAAAUGGCAAAUUAUUAGAUGUUAGCCCGCGAUAGUAACUCUGUCGGUUCCGUUUAUUCCUCGUUUCCCUAUCGUGGCCACCCUCGUCGUGUCCUCUAUUAUAUCUAUCAACCUCUGCAUCAGCACGACUACGUUGCGCUCCCUUUUUAUUGCCGGCUAUUCAGAAGUCCAGAAAACUCUUGCCGGAUUCCCGCUCCAGCGAAUUUGCAUCCAAGAUUUCUUCAAGACUUCUUUGCCUCCCGCUAUUGCUUUCGUUUCUCGGAGUCGACAAUCGAGUCUCGCGGAGAGAACGAGACGUCGAUUUCAUCCCGCCACCCCUCCCGCCGCCCCGGAUGUCUCAAUCGUUUCGUACUUUACUCCAUUCAUCCGUUCGAUACGUUCAACACCUGCUGUCUGCUAAAAAACCUACUUUCCUCCCUCCUUUUUUUCGAACCUCGAUUCGCUUGAUUUAUUUCGCAUUUGGUAUCUGUGGCAGAAUCGUUUCGGAUCCUCGUUAAUCGAUAGUACCGCGAGUCAGGUAUGUGCACGCUCCGCGGGCUUCCGAUGGAGUUAACGUUCCGGGCUAAUCCGGAGAUGAAAGGGCCGAGGGUUAAUGCGCAAGUAAUACGAAACGCGCACAUCGCUGGUCGACUAAUGGCGCGUCGUCCAGCCGUAAUGGACAAACGAAGCGCGAUGGCCCGCCGAAAGCGACUGGAACCAAGGAGAACGACGAAGAUUCACGGCACGACUUGUGGAAUCCAACGUGGACGAGGAUCGUCGUAAAGAAAGACGAACCCUCGAAUCGAGGGCAGGACAAAAAUUCCCGCGAAUAAGUCGCAGUUACAGCGAGACGCAGAAAAGAAUGUCGAUGAAACAACCCCGGAGGGAUUCGGAAGGACGUGAGGGAUGAACUCGGUCCGUUCCGGGACCGAGGCUCAGCAGAAUGCAAGAUCGCAGCUGCGCCAGUCGACCGGAUGAGGGGUCGAUGGGUUUAAUCCUAUGCGCUUCCGGGGGUCGAACGAGCGAUCCUGGAGAGCGACCGACGGGGCCGUCGCGCUAACAGGAUGACGAUCCCGGGACGGCCCGUCUGUCUAUUGAUUUAUGUAAUUUGCGCGAAUUAUCCGGAACGUUCAAUCGAACGUGAUCGAUGUGCGACUGCGUUGGCGCGACUGUUGGCGGCUCAUAAUUGCGGCUAAUUAUUUACAUGAGGCACACUGAUUGCGCACAUUCAGCACUGACACCUGUCCGAGAAUCCCGGCGAGCUGCUGCCUCGUGGACUGCUUACCUCUCUUUCUCUCUCUAUCUCUCUACUGCGCUCUCACUCUCUCACUCUCUCUCUUUCGCGCCGAUGAUAUUAAUUUAUUCACUGAAAUCCCGGGGCUAUUGUUCCCUAUCGCGCCGAUGACAGCAUUUCGCUGACCAAAGUUCUGUUUGAGCGUCGCUACGUUAUCGAUUUCCCCGUACGUUGUUCGUCUGAAAGUCGAGCUCCUGGCGGUAAUGAGCUUUCCAUCAAGGGUGAGGGUGAGAAAUUAGUUCUCACGGGUUUUCGUGAGCUCCGUUUCUUUUCUCCCUUUUCGGCACGAUUACAGAACGUCGAAGUUGAAAGGAUAGUUGAACAAUAAAAUCGCGUUACGUCAUCAUCGCGAGUUGCUCAUAAUCGGAAUUUUGCCGGGGCGAAUUCCGCUCGAGCUGACUGCAGAAUCGACUCUAAUGGUCCAUUUGCAGCCGUCGCGAACUUGUCAGAAGAAGAAUCUUAAAUGCCUCGGUACUUUAACUGCCGCAGUAAUCAACAUGUAAUAAUCGCAAUCAAACAAUAAUCGAGUUAUAUAAGUUACGUCUGCAUUUCCCUAGGAAUCAUGAUAUUUAAAUAUCAAGGGUCUCGCUGCUGAUUUAAUACUUUUGGUGGUGAAUGAAUUAUGAGUGCACAUGCAUGAGUACAUGCAAAUUAAACAUGAAAUGAAAUCACUUUUAAGCAAAACACGCAGGCGUCAUCCAUUACGUAACAAUUAAAAUGUUAAUAACCUUCUUCAAAUAUGUUUUUAAUACUGCUGUUAUAAAAAAGACAAAAUUCAGAGAAAUAAAGAACUAAAUAAUAGACGAAUUUGUCGAUCCAAGCAAAGAGAAAUAUAAAUGCAAUAAAGGACGAGUGACACGAUUUUGUUCGCGACGUAUUAAUUUUCCAAAUAGUACUUUUCAGUCGGAAUAAAUUAGAAUAAUUCUACGUCACUCAUCGCGUCAGUAACUGACAUAUUUGGCGACACGUAAUUGUUCUUCUUUUAUCUGAGAUUAAACAAAAAGACGAAUUAGCACUCGAAUAUAGCUAAGAUUCCAAGACCCUAUUAAGAUAGCUGAAAACUACCGGGCAAGAAAGUUCAAGUGCCAGUAGCACUCGCUGAUUUCACUUUCAAACGAAUGCAAAAUUCCGGCACAGGCGAAUAACUGCAACACGCACGCGACACCGCUAUUUUUAUUUUCGCCGGCCACGUGUUUCAUCGGUAGUCACUCGGUCGCGUGCUCGCGCGAGGAAGAAGAAGCAAUGCUGACUUUGCUGAAAUCAAGUUAAGCACAGUCAAGCACACAAGACGCCACGUGGAUGCUUCCUCCGUCUCAUAUCCGACCAUAAGGACGAGAUUGACGAUGUUCAAGUAACAUCCAAGUCACGUUUCCAGCAUCACAUUACUUCGCGUUCGCGUCGGAAGCACUGAACGCGAUCAGCUCGGCGUUAUCGGGAUGAAACCGCUAUUGAGUAUCUUCGGUAAGCGUUGCUUAGAAACACACCUCCGAGGCGGAUCGCGAGUAAUCGACAUGUGUUUCGAAGGAGGAAACGAGGAGUCCGCGGUUGGUUAUACAUCAAGGAUGUCAAGGGAAGCGUGGGAGAAUGAGGAAGUGAGCGAGAAAGAGAGAGAGUGAGGGGAAUAAUCCGAAUGUACAGUAAAUUACGUCCCUACAUGAAUAUUCAUCGUAUAUAGGGAGCUCACGCCAGGUUCAUUUCCCAGAAGCUCUCCUUCGGGAUAGGAGGGUCCUUUGACUCCCGGUUUCAUUAACGGCAGGCUUCUAUCCGCCGGAAGGGCGACGUAAGCACGCAAGAACGCGCGCGAGUAAAACUUGGAACACUCAUUUUGGCGACUUUCCGCGCGACACGAGACGGACAUUCGUAAUCGGCCAGAGAGAGGAAAGGGAAACAUCAGAAUUUACGGCGGAAGUCGCGACUGGCGCGCUACCCCCUAGUUAUCUGCCGCUUCUCGCUGUCCGGUGUCCCUCGAGCGGUGUGAUACCACCGAAAUUAGCCAGUACGCAAAUAUGUUUACACGCGGCGGAAUUGUGCAACCACCCACUCGUACCAUCCACCGUUUUUCCCACCCUCUCCCCAAGCCGCGUGCAGUCGACGAAGCGUGUACGAGACGAGGUGGCGAAUGGGGAGAGGAGAAGGGGAGGGACAAACGAACGGAUAGAUGGAGGAAGAACACAUAGACACGCACACAUAUAAACAAAUACAUACAACAUACACAAAACCACCCCGCCGCGCUACUCGCUCUCUACUCGCGGCGUGGCGAUCGAGCUGGUGGGGCCAAGAGACGCGGGGUGAGCGACGAGCGCAAGGGUGGCUGCGCCGUGACGAGUGACGCGGACGGGGACGGGACGCGGGGACGUGUGGCCGCGGAAGGGAAAGGCAUUAAAUGGGGAGCGAGACGCAGUCCUGUCGGGAGCGUCGCAGCGGGCGGACGCUCACCACUGGCGCUUCUCUCGCUCGCCUCGCCUCGCUCGCUCUCUCUCUCUUUCUCUCUCUCUCUCCUCCUUUCUUCUCCUUUCUCUCUCUUUCUCUCUCCUCUCUCUCUGUCUCUCCCGUCCCUCUCUAUCUCCCUCUCUCACACUUUCCCGCUCCGUCUGUCUUUCCGACCUACCCGCCCCCACGUCCAUCCCUCCCCUGCCCCCUCCCCCCAUAACCCAAUCAGCAUCCUCGGGCCAAGUCCUGGCGGGUGUCUCUUUCGGAUCGCCGGAGCGGGCGUCGCUCGCCUGUCACAGGCAGCGUCCAUCGUUUCCCCCUCCUCCCACCUGUCCCCCGAGCAACCCUUACCAUCAUCCUCCUUCCAACCACCCCGUCACCUCCGAUUCUCUUCUCAGCCCUCCUGAUGAGCGCGGCGCGCGACAACUUUCUCGCGAAUCGCGGGAUCCACCGUCGAAACGGAGGCUGCGCCUUCGAUCGAUUUCUCUUCGAGACGACGGCAACGACGACGACAACGACGACGACGACGACGACGACGACGACGACGACGACGACGAGGCUGUCGACAACGACGACGACCAGUAGACGCCGUGAUCGAUGAGCGCCGUCGGCGGCGGGGUUAAAGGAAAGGCGGCUUUGCCUUCGUUGCCGCGACGGUUGCGGGCAACGAUUUCGUCGCGGAAUUGACGCGGGUCCGCUUCGAAUCGCGCGCGGAGCGUGUUGGCUCGUCGGCGUCCAGGAAGACAGCGACGAGGAUUACGAGAAUGCCGCCGUCGGCGUUCGCGUCUCGGAGCCGUCGCAUCCUCGUCGAGAAACACGAAGAGAAAAACUGAUUGUGCAUAUACACGCGCGUGUACCUAAUUAAAAAAAAUAUAUAUAUAUACAUCGGGUGUUCGCAGUCUACGACGGCCGAUCAAGAUCGCCGAUCACUGCCUACGUGUGUGUGUAAGAGACCUACAACACUACCAUUUACUCGGGACGCGACUCGCGAGCAGACUCGCGUACCUCGGCUUCAACUUCCUCGCCGGCACGGGGACAAUGCCUCCUCGACACGGGUCCGAUCUCGGGAGUUGCUUUCAUGGGAAAGGCCGGCCGUGUUAGCCGACGUCGUGAUGGAGGAGGAGGAAUGCGAGGAUGGUAGCAAUCGGCCGGCGAGCGGAAGGAAGCGCAGUCGCGAGCAGCCCGUAAGAGGAUCAUCACGGGGACGCACGAUGUUGCUGCGAUAUCGUCGCAAUGUUGCUGCGGCAAGGACGUCGAAUCGAUACGGUGCUAUCGGUCAUCGAGUGCUCGCUUGUCGAGGGGCGACGCGCCCCGUCGCGACGGCGAACGGUCCCCGUCAUUAAUUCAUCGGGAAACUCAUUGCCCAGACAGUCCCGGGGACGUUUCCCCGUGUAUCGAACACGCGUGCGGACGAGUGCGAGGUGUGACAAGCGUUAUGCGAGCAGCUCGCAUGCGAUCGUCGAGCGCACGGAUCGCGAUCGCCCACGUGUGAUCACGCAUUACAAACUCGUAAAACCACUCCGGCGCUCACGAAGCCACGAAAACUCCGAGAUGAGCGGCUGGACAGAGCCCGCGGGACGAUCCCGCGCCGCGACGCGGCGGAUCGAGUUCGAUCAAGUGCUUCUAUUCGGUGAUGAACAAUCGGAGUUACGCGUGAUAAGUGCCAGCGACACUCCGGAAACGGCGGAUCUCACUUGAGGGCCAGAGGACAAUUAUACGUAAAUGUCACUAAACAGCUGCGGAAGCCAGUGUCGACUCUCUCGAUCCCGGGGGCGAUGAAGAACAGCGGCGGGGUGGCCGGCGGGGGCGGCGCGGGGGCGGCCGGUGCGGCCGCUGGCUGCGGCAGCGCCGGGGGUGCCGGUGGCGAAGACGCCGGCAUCGCCCUCGUGGGCGUCCACACCGAGUAUCCCCGUUACAUGGACGAGCGCAUGCUGGGCGGCGGCGGCGGCUCCCAAAAGGGCCAAUCCGGCGGGGGCAGCAUAGGGCCCGGGUCCAAGCACAAGCCGAACGUCGGCUACCGGCUGGGCAGGCGGAAGGCCCUGUUCGAGAAGCGCAAGCGCAUCAGCGACUACGCCCUCGUGAUGGGCAUGUUCGGCAUCAUCAUCAUGGUCAUCGAGAACGAACUGUCCAGCGCCGGCGUUUACAGCAAGGCCUCGUUUUACUCGACAGCACUGAAAACCCUGAUCUCUGUGUCUACUGUGAUACUGCUUGGCCUCAUAUUUGCUUACCAUGCCUUAGAAGUUCAGUUGUUCAUGAUCGAUAACUGCGCGGACGACUGGCGGAUCGCGAUGACCUGGCAGCGGAUCGUGCAGAUCUCGGGGGAGCUGCUGAUCUGUGCACUCCACCCGAUCCCGGGCGAGUACUACUUCCUGUGGACUACGAAACUGGCGAACAAGAACGGCGACAUCGGCUCCAAGUGGGUGCCGUACGACGUCACCCUCUCGCUGCCGAUGUUCCUCAGGCUCUACCUCAUCUGCCGGGUGAUGCUGCUGCACUCAAAGCUCUUCACGGACGCGUCGUCGCGAAGCAUAGGGGCCUUGAAUCGCAUUAAUUUCAACACCAGGUUCGUCCUUAAGACCCUGAUGACCAUCUGCCCCGGUACGGUGCUGCUGGUCUUCAUGGUCUCCCUGUGGAUCAUCGCCUCGUGGACACUGCGACAGUGCGAGAGGUUCCACGACGAGGAACACGCGAAUCUCCUCAACGCCAUGUGGCUCAUCGCCAUCACGUUCCUGAGCGUCGGUUUCGGCGACAUCGUGCCCAACACAUACUGCGGUCGAGGUAUUGCCGUCUCCACCGGAAUGAUGGGUGCCGGAUGCACCGCUUUACUGGUGGCAGUCGUCUCCAGGAAGCUCGAGCUUACGCGAGCGGAGAAGCACGUGCAUAAUUUCAUGAUGGACACACAAUUAACGAAGAGGUUGAAGAACGCCGCGGCGAACGUGUUGCGGGAAACGUGGCUGAUCUACAAGCAUACUCGCUUGGUGAAGCGUGUCAAUCCCGGACGCGUACGGACCCAUCAGCGGAAAUUCCUAUUGGCUAUAUACGCACUCAGAAAGGUGAAGAUGGAUCAACGUAAAUUGAUGGACAACGCCAAUACUAUAACGGAUAUGGCCAAGACGCAGAACACCGUCUACGAGAUCGUCUCGGACAUGAGCACGCGACAGGACGCGGUGGAGACGCGUUUGGAGGGUCUGGAGGACCGUCUGGUCGGCCUAGAGGAGAAGCUCGGCGCGCUGCAGGGCCAGCUAGAGCUGCUGCCCGAGGAGCUGACUCGCUGCUUGGCCCAGCACGCGGAGCGGAUGGAGCAGCGUCGUAAUUUCCUUCACCCGGACACCGCGGUGGCGAUGGCGGCUUCCGCUGGAGGCGGCGGCGGCGGUGGCGGCGGCGGUGGCGCGGUCUCGUCGGGCACAAGCCUGGGCGUAACCGGCAGCGGCAGCGCGUCCGCCGCACACCACCCCCUCGCCAGCCUGUCGAACUCACCCCUUCUACCGCAUUCGCGCAGCGUGCCCAGCGCGCCCAGCACCAUAUCCCUACACCCAUGGCCGGUAAGCCCGGUCCUACCGCCCGUCUCCAGCCGCACACCCCACCUGGUGCCGGAAACCGGCAGGCAUCACGGCCUCAGUCACUCCGCCACAGUGAAUACCACCACGACCUCGCAGUCGGCCACCAGGCUCACCUCGCAGGCCGGCAUGGGUGGACUAGGCAACAGCCAAGGCUCGGAUACGUCGGCGCACAGCUGAGUCUCGUCACUGCAGCCGCAGCAUUCGUACUAAAAAGGGCCCGAGGCGCUUGGUUUGCGCGCGAUCACAGACCGCGGCCGUGUCCGCGUCCAGAUACCGUUGGUGGUCGCGAUGAUCAUCGGUGGAUGAUCAUCGCCGCGGGUUGAUACAGUACUGCCGAGGUAUAAACGCGUCACGGUCGCAUAGAUCGGCCGGAAGUUCGCUCUUCGCACAAACGAAUGUAGGGACUCGCGUUUGGAGCGGCGUCUCCUUCUUUCUUGUCGAAUGAUUAUCUGACGGUCCAUCGCGAUGGACGACCUGAUCGUUGCAUCGCGGUGAUUCGUAUAGACUCGGAGGGAAAAACAGGAGACGCACUCCAAGCGAGAGUUCUAAUUCUGGUGACCAAAUCGUGAUACGGCCGUCUGUUCUUCGCGCGAAACUCGUCUUGACGACGGGCCAUCUUGCGUCCCGCGCGUACCUUCGAGUCCCUCCUUGAGAAGCCGCACUCUCAGCUUAAAAAAUCUAGUUAGAACGACGAAGCGACCGUUGUUCAGGAGGUUCAGAUUAGAUAGAAAAAAAACUGAACUUACAUAGAGCCUCUACCGGACGCCACUCAAUGCGUGUUUGCGAUAUAGUUGCCAUCAAUCACUCGAUAUUCGUUUCUCGCACCGAAUUUUCCAAAUCCUGUUCUGUCUAAUCUUCUCCGCGAAAGGCCGUGCCAUCCGCGUCCAAAUCUUCAGUCAUCUACUUCCGGCAAACGUUCCCGCUCGAUUAUUUCCAGUCCUCCAUCCUCCGCUUGCCAAUCUUCACAAAAGUGUGCAAUUAAAGGGUUGAAGCUAUUCGCGAGUAGACAGUUGAGUAGUCAGGAGGGAUCGCGAUCGAUCGAUCGAUCUUAGGCAGACGUGAAGGAGAGGAACUCAUGAGGUACGCGCGGCUUCUUCCACUGGCUGCGUGCUGCUCCCCUGCCCAACUUGCGUGCCUGAAUAACUUUCUUAAUAAUUAAAUGUACAUUCGACACACAGGAACUCCACCUUGUAUCUCUGUAUACCUCGUGAAGAGCGCGGACGGGCAUAACGUUGCGUGUACAGGAAGCGCGUGUGCGGACAGGGACUAGGCCGGCAGGUAAUCCAAACUGGCCCUUAAAGCCUCGCGCGUAAUUAAGGUAAUCCGCCCCCUUUGCCUCCCUAACAACGCGGAAGCGCUUAAAGGACUAUCCGUAUCUCGCGUUUGAAACUAAAUGCGACCGAUCGAUCCCCGACCUGGAAUGAACAGCGCAAAACGGAUUUUCGCGCAUCUCCUCUGUCGAAUCGUAAUUCUCAGCCCUUCUACAGAGAACUCAGCCCUUUUGUGAAACGCUUCUACACGAAUGCGGCGCGAAAAAGCUGGGCUCUUUAUAAAAAGGCUGGAGGAACAAAAAUCCCGCGAUAUAAAUCCAUUCGGGUAUAGCAAGGUACCGCAGCUGGGCAAUUUACAAUUUCUGACACAUUCGAGUAUCCGGGGGAUAUUAAAUUCACCCUCUCGCUCGAACAAAACGUUAGAAAUUGCAAAUUCUCAAAUACAAAAAAGAUUCGAGAUCACAUCGUCGCGUUUAAUACUGAAUGCACGCGAUACGGAUUUCGGGUUGAUCAAUUACGGUCAGCUAUUGUGUAAUCACGCGUGCAUACAUUCCUCCCCUUUAUUAUCUCUAAUCAUCUUCAGAUCCACUCGUCGAUGAAACAUUUUUCUUCUUUAACUGGCAACGAUUAAAACAAUCGUUUAUUACGCGUUGUGUUGAGAAAAGAUUCUUUUUCUGAUGAACAGUGCGCUUUAAGGGUCGGCGCGGAACCAACCGGAGGUGUCCAAGUAUCGAAUAGAGAGAAUGCAAAGUGAUCUUAUCCGCUUUAACGUCCGUAGGUUACAUAGGAUAUUAUAUUGUUAGUGUAUACUUGUACACAUGGCGCACGGGUACAAAAGAAAGCGGCUACGUUUCCACUGAGGGGAAGAGGGAUGGGGGGGGGUUGAAGAUUUUUUAUAACGGAACCGCGGAGCCGCGCGUGGGUGGCGCGGCGCGGCACGUGCGGGGAGGGUAGGCUUAAUUAAAAUGGAUCGACCAGACAAUGGGAAACUAAUUAUUGCCAACGACUUCCCGUUCGGCGGCGCGUUCGGCCAGGCUUUUUCGUUCACCGUGUUCUCGCCGUUCCUAAUUAUUGUCGCUUAAAUUUAUCUCCAUAUUAAUUUACGGCCACGACCGCGCAUCGAACAUACACGCGGAUUGCCCGUGUGGAAUAGCGUAGCUAUUAUUCCUUUUAUAAUUAUCGCCGGUAUAUUUCAUUUUCUCCUGUCAUAGGCGAAUGGCUUAAUUUCGAGAGGUAGAACUGCGAUAUUUAUCGAGGAAGAAAAACGUUGUCCCGCUCGGGAACGAAGAAACCUGGUGCGCCGGAAGUACAGGGUGUCUCGAAAAGAACCGAAUGCGGAUUAGUUUCAAAGAUGUUGAAGGAUCUGAAUUGAAGAAGCAGCCAUUACUCGAUUCCUUCCGGGACACAAUGUACGUUCGCUGUAAUUCGCAGCGCGUGUUUUUCAAUUCUUUCCGACGCGAUAUUUGUCCCGAAGAUGUUCAGAUUCUCGACGUAUCGGCACGACGAUAUAUUUGUUAGCGCAACCAUUAUAAUCGCACGCGGCAACCAAGAUUCUAUAUCGGGGCUCCACAAGGCGAGUUCGAGCGAUUUUCAUCUCUUCAUCGUCAAAUUAGUUAUGUAAAAAUAUCCGCCGCUUGCAGUUAAUUUAAAAUGAUUCUCAAUUCAAGAAAUUCAAGAUUAAAAGAAAUUAGCACAAAUUAACUUUAUGUGGAAUUAUAAAAAUAUAUGUUGAAAUUGUUAAAGAUGUGGAUAAGCUUAAUGUUAAAUAUCCCGAUAUUUUUAUAGGAAAGAGUUCAUUGUUCCUAAUCUGAUACGAAAAUGGAUUCAUUGAGUUAUUUCUGAUUUAAUUAUCUCCAUUAAUCAGAUUUCCUGCACUGCUUUAUUUAGAUUUAUUUGAACUGUUAACCUUCAGCAGGAUCUACUCUUUUAAUCUCGGUUUUAAUUAACAUUUAUUUAUCGCCAUUGAUUAAUCUCGCGGAAUGAAAGGAGGAAAAUCGGUCGAGCCGCUUUCAUCCUCGGCCAUUCACAAGGAGAAGCUCACGCGGAAAAAGCUCACUAAUGCGGAUAAAGCUGGGACCUGGUUUGUCUUGUCCGUCAUCGUUUCAUUUCGAAAGCGUAGUUUCGCGGCUAAUCGCAAUGCGAAACGGGACCAAAACAGACACAAUUUUCACAAGGUUCUCAUACUAUUCCUCUCUCUGUUUCCUUCUCGUUCUCUCUUCCCUCUUUCUUUUAUUUUCUACCUUCUCCCAUGGCUGAACAAAUGUUUCAUCUGGAUAAAAGAAGCAAAUGCGAACUAAACGAUGAAAAAAAAACUUGUUCGAUGAUUGAGGUACUUCAAAGUACUUUGCUGUCCUGUAAUAGAUUGGAAAUUCAUUCAAGAAUAAAAAUGAUCUCUUUAUUUAAGAAUGAGGUAUAUUUUCGCCGAGAUAAAAAUUUGCGUGAUUACCUACUCUGAUUGCGUGAAUUACUUUUUUAUUUCUGGAAUUUAUCUUCACUGGAAUUUUAUGAUAUAUAUAAUAUGACAGUUAUUCUUUAACAAAGGCAUACUAUCUCAAUGGAACAAUUCAAAGAAAUUCUUCUGCCUUCGCAGAAAAGACUACACUAAAGUUCUGCCAUUUCCCAUUUUUAUCACGUUUCAAUUUCAUUUUCUAACAUUACUCUUUACUUUGAUUGUUCAUUGCUGAUUGAUCAAAGAUUAAUAGUACGAAUAACUUAUUUAAAAAUAUGGAAAAUAAAAUAAAAAGAAAAUAAAAAUUCAGUCUCUUUCUCGUGCGAUUGUUAUUUGACCAUUGAAUAAAAAGAUCGCAGAAUGAAUUUCCAUUCGAUAUUCGGUACAGGAAGAUUAUCUUCUGCACGUCAAGAUAACUCUUUCACAUUUCUUUUUUAUUUAUAACUUUUUAUCCGAAUGGAAUGUUCGAUCGAUGUCCGACUCCAAGACUCUGCUUUCUUCCUCUAUUUUUCUCCAACCGGUUAGAUUUCCUUGAACUCUUCCGACAUUUCCUGUCCAUCCAGCCUUUUUCUCCCUUUUCCUUGUUGCUUUUCUCCUCCCCCACAUCCUGUUCAAGGAGCAUUCCUCUUUCGCGACUCAACGCACUGGACACGACAACUCCACGAUAUUUUUAUAUAGAUUUCUUAAAAGUGCAUUAUGGUGCCAGGAAGACCACGCCAAGUAUAAAAACGUAAAGAUAAAACAGUCUCAAUAUUGGAUUCUUAGGUGAUAGACACCGACUCUAUAAUAUUGUUAGUAUACGUAAUAACGUGGAUAUGUAGAUGAUUACCGAACUCUUCGACGUAGUGAAGGCUACUUAAUGCGAUGAGAGAUAAAAGAAAUGAACGAUAACAAGAAGAAGCGUAAUCGGCAAAUGCGUUUGAUAUAUUAAGCUUACAGAAUCUCAAAUCAUCGGAACCUCGAAAGUUAGAGUCUGUGAAACCUUAAAUUUUAUAUUGGGCGAUAUUCGGCCUUUCUAGCCUUGGGAUCCUUGCCGAUCCUUUAAAUUCCGAUCUAUAGGACAUGCGUACAUAAACUUUUGAUAUAUGGUUGCUUCAGACGUUGAAUCCUUAGGAUCUUCAUUUCUCGAAUCGCUGGAACCGGAGAACUGUUCUUGAAACUCCGGUUCCCCCAAGAUCGUAGUAAUUUGAGAAAAAUUUCGAUGAGGACUUUAGAUCUUUAGAUGGAGUUUUUUCGUUUUCGGAAUUGCGGGCCUGCGGAAUGUUAACGUCCGCUUUAGGAACUCGUGGAACUAUGCUUUUCUAAAACGUGGAGCUCUUGAAACUUUGUAUUCUUACGACUGUCGUUUCAGUGUAGAACAUGCGUGUAGGACUGCGAGUUUUGUAUCCUCAAAAUCUUGGAUCUUGGCACUUUCAAAAAUUCUCAACGCCUUAGAAUUUCGAAUUACCGAGUUUUCCGGCUUUAAUUUAGCGUGCACGAAGAAUAUAAAACGAGACGAUUUCUCGUCUCUUCUCACGUGCAGAUCACAGAUAAAAGAUUAAUCGAAAACGAUCAAAAUGAUCAUAAUUUUCGAAGUGAUACGCAUACUAUACAUUGACAUUUUGAGGGUAAACCACGACGCGAUGAUUUCACACGCGAGAGACGGGAAGAAAGUCGAAGGUGUCGAAGAUCGAGAGCGGUGAUCGACUUAAUUCUUUACACGCAGUUAACUAAAAUAAAGAGUAAAAAAAAAUAAAGAGUAUAAAAAAAACAAACGAGACGAAAAGCAGAAAAAUAAAGUUAAGCGCGCGCGAGAGCGCAGCCUCGGGCGAAUUUAUAUGAGCAUUACAGUUAUUACUAUCUAUAUUCGUUUAUGAUUGUUAUUGUUAUGAUUAUUACGAAUUAUCGUCACGACGAUGAAUAACGGUAGCGUUUAAACGGUUUUAACUCUCAGAAACUCUUUACGGAGGAUCUUAUACCAAUAUUAUACCUAAUGGGCUGUCGCCAUCUAACUGUUACGUAAAAUGACCAACAACUAUUAAAGUAACAAAUAUUACUUAUUAAUCUAUAGGGUGACCUAGCGACCAUGUAUUAAGGAAACGUUGUUUUUAACGAGCUCUCUUUUCCUCUCUCUAUCUCUAUCUCUACCUCUAUCUCCCUCUAUCUCCCUCUUUUCUCUCUCUCUUUCUCUCUCUCCCUGUUUUGAGAGCAUUGAAAGAACCCACAUAAGACGCAGCGUAACACAAUUGUUAUACUCGUGCUGUUAAUAUCGUCGUCAUCUCAUCAUCAUUGCAUGCAAUCCCAAAGCUUUAACUCGUCAUUCGUUCUAUUCGCUUCAUUUGGAUCAUUCGGUCAUUUGAAAAUAUUCCCUGAAAUGAUAUCUGGGAUUUUUAACGUCGGAUUUUAGAAUUUUAAAGGUUGGUUCCUUAGAUAUUUGCGUUUUCCAAAAUCUUUGAAAACUUGCUAUUACAAAAUUUGAUAUUACGAUCUUUUGCAGUCAUGAAUAGUUUAAAUUUAAUAUUCUUGAAAAAGCUGGAUUGCUGCAAUUAUUAUCUACGUGCAUGCGCAAUUUAUGACAUUACGUUCUUAGUUCUUAGAAGUUUGAGUAUCUGGUACUUGGAAUUUUGCAAUCCUUGGAACUUUAAAUCUUACUUAGAGCUUAGAAGUCUUUCAAGUCUACAGCCUUGUUCAAUUUCUUAACCUCGGAUUUCAAAUUCGUAGAACUUUGCAUUCGUGAAAGCUCAAAUUCAUGAAACUUUGGUUUUACAUCACGUUCUCGAAACUACGUAUCUGUGAAUUUGAAGCUUUAAUUAUGUGAAAUUUUAUACACCUCUUCGCAGCUUUCUGAAACUUCGGAAAUAUAUAUUCUUCGAUACAUUGACUGGUUGGAACGUUCUGUUUUGCGAUCAAGAAGGUUGAAAAACAUUUUGAGAUCUUGUAACAUCAUCAUCAUCAUCAUCAUCGUCGUCGUCGUCGUCGUCGUCAUCAUUAUCAUGAUCAUGAUCAUCAAUAUCAACACCAUCAUUAUUAUUAUUGUCAUCAUUAUCAUCAUCGUUAUCGUGAUCAUCAUCGUCAGCAUAAUCUUCACCAUUGCCAUCAUCAUCUUCAUCAUCAUCACCGUAUCAUCACUACUGAUUAGCGUAAUUUCCAAAGACAUGCAGAACAUUGCAAUCCUUCAUAAUUUCUGCUAUUGAAAACCAACAUCACAGGACAUGUUAUAAUAACGCACCAUGUAAUCCAUGCCAUUCAGUACCGCUGGGUACAUAAUCCGCUAUAAUCUUCGCCAUUACACACCUCUGUGUCAUUUGCGGCACGCGACUAUAAUACUUUCCCCAUUUCCAUGAUAACUAUACCAUUAAAAUAGCAUUCACGAUCUUGGAACAAAACGGACUACUGUUAACGACUAUAGAGAAAGUUUCCUCCCUACAGGUUUAGGGCGAUAUAGGACUAUAUAUUAACAUUAACAUUUAUACAUAUACCCACACAUCCGCAUAUACAUAUAUUCUAACUCAGCUAAUAUGAUAUCUCGCGUAAGUUGUUACUAUUAAUUAGUCUUGAUUACUUUACGACGGCGGACAUAGGACGAGGCACAAAUUAGCGUACAUAACUACGUACGUAUAUGCAUAAACAUACUGAUAAAGUAAAAUAAAUAUGUAUGAGUAAAAUUAAAGCAAACCCACACACACAUAUAUACAGACACACACACACACACACACACACACACACACACACACACACACACACACACACACACACACAGAGCAGCAGACAUACAGUAUUCAUUAGAAAGGACGAAGGCGCACCGUUAAGGGCAAUGCGAGUGCAGCAUCAUACGCGGUAGAAAACUCGUAGGGCUAAAAGUGGUUUUGAUACUAUACGAAGCACCGAGAGCGAACCUUUUCUUACGACGAGACUUAACGAUAUUUUUUUAGACUCCGCUAAACGAAUCGACUAAAAUAUGUUUAAUCGCGCGCACGCCAGAUCGCGGCGAACGAAACACGUCGCGGCACACGUCGACCGGUUAAUACCGGCGUUCCUAUCGACGAUUUCCCCAGCCGAUUUCCCACCUCCCGCUGAUCGACCAUCGACGAGAAUGUACACACGUAGAGUUACCCGGAUAAUGGGAAUCCAAGAUCUGGGUUCUGGAACCUGAAACACUCGCGCGACUGUUUAUCCUGGAUACUUCUCGAUCACGGAUUCCGGAAUGUACGAUCUGUGAUUCUUCAGAUAGUACUCCCAAAACUCAAUGUACAUAUUAAAAAUAUAUAUAAUAAAGCCAAAAAGGUUCAGAUGAUCACCAAAACUUAUAGUGCAUUGAAUUUGAUAUUUCUGAAUUCUUGAAAUCCUUUAGCCAAAUACUUACCUAACGUUGGAUCUCUGAACUUUUGAUUCAAGAUUUUUGCAUCAUAGCAGAAAUUUAUCUUCAGCUUGGGGAUUUUACAAUUUCAGAUUUGACAACUUUGAAGUUAAUUCCUAGAAAAUCCUCAUGAUUAUGGAUGUUUGUGACUUCUCUCAGAAUUGAUCGUUACGGAUUCCGGAAUGUUUGAUCUUUAGGACUCUGGAUUUCGAAGCAUUAGACCUUCAUAACUUUGGACUUAUCCUCGUAGAAUUCUGAAUUCUCGCAUUCUUAGACGCUCAUCACUGGAAACAUCGGAUUUAUUCUGCUUCUAAUGUUUCAGCGUUGAUUAUUUCCGAUUAAUAUCCCAUAACGAUCAUAACAUAUUUUAUCAACGCAAAUAUUUUAUCAAACGUUCAAUGAUAUAAUGCCAUCUGCCACGGAAUUCCAGAAAAGUACGCGUAGAAAUAAAGUACACUUAAAAACAACUUGAAGCGUUUUGCAAAGUUUUGCUAUAUCUCUGAGAUUUAUUACGACGACAACGUAGGAAAAGAUACAAAAUACUGCCCGUUAAUCCUGGAAAAACAUGCAUCGUCCGAUACCGUUUUUCAUGCAACUGCAAAAGAUUCGCGUUCGCGACGAACGCGCGUUUUACAUUUUUGCAUGCUGGCGCGACAGACAGAAAAUUAUGAUCGGGAAAGUACACAGGGCGAGAGAAUAAUUUAUCGUCGUUGUAAUCUCCGGCUGGUCUUGGAGAAAAUCAAGUCACAGCUGCUACUGAACAAUUUUAAUACACUCUCCCAUUAAAUUAUCUUCAAUAAACUAUAAUUAGGGAAAGAGCACGUGAGCAAAAACACUGUUUCGCGAAAUGUGCGCAAAGCUCUCUCUUUCUCUCUCUCUUCUAUGCUAUUUUACAAGAUAUUUCAAAACGAGAUUGCAGUUUUAUUAAUAAUCGAUGGACUUGUAAAUGGCUGAAAUCGAUCGACGGUGUUUUUGCUAUGUGUGCCUUCUUUCUAGCCAUCCUUUCAAUUAUUAUCGUGACUCUUAGUCUUGAACAAAUAAUUUAAUCUCGAGUGAACAUAUGAUUUUUAACAACAUAUUUUCCAGAAUACUCGGAUAUUUAUUUUCGCAUAUUGUACUUUGCGUAAAAUUUCCCAGAAUGUUCCGCUCAUACGCUCGCUCAUAUCCAAAAGUCCUUUAUCAGUUUCCUUCAUCAAGUUUCUACACGCACCUAUAAUCGAUAUUUCGAAACACAGGCGAUUCGCGAAGCGUUCGCCUGUAGGGACGUGGGGGAUCCUCCCAAAACUCCUUCUACGCUGCAUCUUCUGUGUAUCCUUUCCGAUCUUGAGCCGGCUCAAUAGGUCGGGCUCACGAGGAAGUAACACACAGGGUGUCGUGUUAGUACUUCACAUCGUUGUUCAAGGACUAUGUAGGCGCGAUAUGCGCUUGAACGAGAUUGUUCCUAUAGUUAUAAUUAUAUAAUUACGUUUAUACAUAUGUAUAUCACAUGUACAGGAUGUCUCUUUCAUUCAGGAGUUCUUUCAUCAAUCCGCAAUCGAUUUUUCUGUGAAAAUGUCGAAGGCGGUCAUAAUUCUCGAAUUUAGAUAGCGCCAUAACAAAUCCAAAUUAUAAAUCUAUCACAAUAAAAUCCACUGGAUAUCAAGUAAACAAAAACUAAGAUUUUGGUAGCCAAUAAAACUUAAUUCCUGAAAAACCUAUCAGUUUCAGUUUUUUCUAAGAUCUGUCAGUCCCUCGAUAUUUUCAUUGGAAAAAAAUUUAUUCAAGAUUAGUCCAAGGAUCUUGAUAGGCCACUUGAUAAGGUUGAGACACCCUGUAUUUAUCUUUAAUCUUUUAAAAAUUAGCUAUGGUUGCAAGCGUUAGAAAAACGAUUAUCUCUGAUUUGAGAUUUGCGUUCUUGUAACUUCAAUUCCGCAGAACAACCCGUAUCUCUUAAAAUUAGUUCAUUAUAUGCAUGAACCUUCCGAUUUCCGCGCAGCUUGCUGUUCCCGAAGAGUUCUGGCAUUCGAUAGUUUUAGAUCCUCAAAAUUGCGGAUCUCUUUUUGAUAAUAUAGACACUUGUAAUUUUUAAUUAAAAUCUGAAUCGAGCAAAAAAUGCUUUGUCUUAUCUUUCUGAUCUUCUAAUUCGCGCGAACUUUGCAUAUACACGUACGUACGUGCAUAGAUUCCUGAUUUCUUUUAAGCUUUAGAACUCUUUGGCAUUUUUCCGAUUCCUGUAUCUCUAUAUGAUUUCAACUAUGUAUAAUACAAUUAUAUAGUGUAAUAUAUAUAAUUAUAACUAUGUCGCGUCGAGAGAGAGACGAGAGAUCUAACGAUGUCGAUCGUCGAAGCACAGUCAGGCGUUUCUGUGAUUCCUAGACUUGAACGAUGUAACGACGCUGAAAGGUUCUCACUUAACAAAAACUCACGCGGACGAUGACGCUCUUCCUGGUGGCCAUCAGGAUCACUCAAUGAUCCUCGACGGCCACCGAGAUCCUGACGAAAGGAUUUACUUCGCGCCAUCAGCCGAUCGAGCUUGGGCCAACCCUUCCACGAGACUUAACUCUUUGAAUACUAAACAGAAUGCUAAGUAGAGAGCAUUCUCGUUCGCGUAAAAAAUUCCUGAAUAAAUUUCAAUACUCGCACGAAACGCGCGUGAGAUUUUAGCUACAUUCUUCGAUCGCUGCGGAACGUGAGCAUUAAUCACGCCGUAAUCGCAGGCUGUUACGAUUAAUUAGUUCGAGCGACUAUAUCGCUCUCCUUUAUCAUUUAGCUAAUCUUCGAAAGCCUAUUUGCGAAGCUAAUUAUUACAGCGCAUUUGUACAGAUAACUCUUUCGCGUUAAUUAAUCACGUGCGAAGGGUGACGUGCGGGCGAAAUCCGGGAUGCACUUCAAGGGUCGAAGUCGACUCGCAGCUAAUUACAAUUAGCGUGUCUCUCGGCAGGGUGUGUAAUUUAUUAUAAUCGCAGCUGAUAAGGUCGGCUCGGGGAUGAGCGUCAUCGUCCGCGUCGCUUUAAUCUAAAGGAACAAAUUCCACGCAACGAAUCUUGAAAGUAGUCAAUAUCUAAUCAAUUCCGAGGAUAGGGUCAACUUAGGGGAUUAAUUAAAACAGGAGGGGAGGAAGAAAGAGGGAAGUAUAACCCCAGUAAAUCUGUAAGCGGGACGGAGACGUCACGACGGAGAGAAACGACAAGUAUCUUCCAUUAUUAGACAUGAGGACGGUGGUGAGCGUUGCGACGAGUUUGCCAUUAUAUAUUAAUUGUGAGAGGGGAACGGGAGGGGGAGGGGGGAAGGGGUUGCGAUACUACGUGAGGUGUGUACAUAAACGUCACGUGUAUUAAUUAUAAUAGCGGUGACAGAAACGUAGCGCAUAUUUUUAAAGGAGAGAGAGAAAAAAGAAGAAGAAGAAGAGAAAUAUACGAACGCCAUGGCACUAAAGCGACCGAUUAAAAAUUGCGAUCACGCGUUAAAAAUAGGGCCCCGGUCGAUAACUCUUUAAAAACUAGCGUAAUCACGAAGCUGAUCGAUCACACUAUUAAACGAACGGGACGACGAAGCGCGCGUAUGUAACUAUACGGUGUCUGUGAACCAACGCGUUUUCAUGCCGAGAACAAAUAAAUUUGCAAGUCGGAGAAGGA